AACCUUGGUAAGUUGGAAUUGCACUUCAAAUCCGGUGAGUUAUGGCUUCUAUUCCUAUUAUUGUUACUUGCACCUCAUGUCAUAUGUUUAGCUUAGCCUUCUCUGUCAGCUGCGAGGGCUUUAUAUGCGAUAAAUGCAGGGAAAUAGUUAGGCUGACAGAGAAGAUCUUAGAAUUAGAGUCUCGCAUCCAAUCCUUAUCUGAGGAUAGUAAGAGUUUAACGACGAUAGAAAACACUUUGGAUGCGAGCAACAUUAGCGCACACAGCUCGGUUCCGGUUGAAAAUCCUCCGCAGCUGGGAAACUUCGUGACUGUGAGACGGCGUAGUCGCAGGACAAAACAUCACUCGACCGUUCCGAUUACAGUCUCGAACAGGUUUGCCCCGCUCAGUGACGCACCGGCUGAGAAACCUGCUGAAAGUGCCCUAGUUAUCGGUGAUUCUAUUGUUCGGAACGUUAACAUAGAGGCACCAGCCACCAUAGUCCAAUGUUUACCGGGAGCCAGAGCGCCUGACAUCAAGUCAAAUUUAAAUGUGCUGGCUAAGGCUAAUCGUAAAUUCAGUAAGAUUGUCAUUCACGUCGGCACAAAUGAUGUUCGACUCCGUCAAUCGGAGAUCACAAAAGAUAACAUUAAAGAGGUGUGUGAGCUCGCAAGCAUGAUGUCAGACACUGUAAUAUUCUCUGGCCCCCUCAAUGCUUAUCGUGGUGAUGAGAUUUAUAGCAGAUUAUCAUCACUAAAUGGCUGGUUGUCUGAGUGGUGCCUGCAGAAUGAUAUAGUUUUUAUAAAUAACUGGAAGAGUUUUGAGGGCAGACCUGACCUGUUGAAACGAGAUGGUCUCCAUCCCUCCUGGGCUGGGACUUCCAUCCUGUCUAGAAAUAUGGCAAAAAGUCUUAAUGCUAAUGCUAAAACUUGACUCGCUGGGGCCCAG